GUUCGCUGAUAUGCAAUCACAAACGACAUUAUUAACCAAACAUAGCCUUACACCCUGAAGGCUCUUCAUAUAACUAGCCAGUAUAGCCAUUAUACUUCAUAAUCAACUCACUCUGAGCCUGGCACGACGCAUAUGCCGAGAAGCUUCAGUUUAUGUUACUCAUUCAAGGUUUACUCCCUCGUCAAUUACGGUGUAACAAAAGACACCUGACCAAAAUGGCAUCGCAAAUCUCAAAUCGAACGCGCGGGGUUUCGCUUGAUAAAAUCCAGAAGACAAACACAUUUACAUCCAAGCUUCCACCAGAUCCUGCAUUCGAAACACCCGAAGUCUCUCACAAUGCUCCUAGAGAGACCCUAGGCCCCCGCUUGGUGAAGGGUGCGAUGUAUACUUUCGUCCGCCCGGAACCAAGUGAGGAAACAAAACUCCUGGGUGUCAGCCCCAAAGCAUUAGAAGAUAUUGGUCUAAAACUUGGCGAGGAAAGUACCCCGGAGUUUCAGGCCUUGGUUUCUGGGAACAAGUUGUAUUGGAGCGAGCAGGCUGGAGGAGUGUACCCAUGGGCUCAAUGCUACGGAGGCUGGCAAUUUGGUUCGUGGGCGGGGCAACUUGGGGACGGACGCGCUAUCAGUCUCUUCGAGGUUACCAAUCCUGAGACAAACAAACGAUACGAGCUUCAGCUCAAAGGCGCUGGCAAGACGCCGUACUCACGGUUCGCAGACGGAAAGGCGGUGCUUCGAUCAAGUAUUCGCGAAUACAUCGUUUCAGAAGCUUUGAAUGCACUUGGUGUGCCAACUACCCGUGCGCUUUCUCUCACCCUUCUUCCGAAAUCCAAGGUCCUGCGGGAGCGUCUUGAACCGGGUGCAAUUGUAGCUCGUUUUGCAGAGACAUGGCUUCGGAUUGGAUCUUUUGACAUUCUUCGUGCACGAGGUGAUCGCGACCUGACACGAAAACUAGCUACAUAUGUGGCUGAGGAUGUCUUCCCUGGAUGGGAGUCGCUCCCAGCAGCUGUAGCCUUGCGUGAUAAGCAGUCCCAUAGGGCUGUGAUAGACCCACAGCGAGGUGUUCCUGGGAACGAAACCCAAGAGCAUGAAGAUGUGAUCGAAAACCGAUUUGCUAGGUUAUAUCGCGAGAUAGCUCGGAGAAAUGCGAAAACCGUUGCUGCUUGGCAAGCCUAUGGGUUCAUGAACGGUGUUUUGAAUACCGACAAUACAUCCAUCUACGGACUAUCGCUCGACUAUGGUCCAUUUGCUUUCAUGGACGAUUUCGAUCCACAGUACACGCCAAAUCAUGAUGAUCAUUCGUUGAGAUACUCCUAUAAAAACCAACCAACCAUCAUCUGGUGGAACCUAGUUCGACUGGGUGAGUCACUAGGGGAGUUAAUCGGAGCGGGUGACAAGGUCGACGAUGAAAUCUUCGUGCGAGACGGCGUAACGGAGGCCUUUGCGCCUGUGCUUAUCAAACGCGCGGAGGAUAUCAUUCAAAGGACAGGCGAAGAGUUUAAAGCAGUGUUUAUGGACGAAUAUGAACGCCUGAUGAGGAGAAGGCUAGGCCUGAAGACUAAAAAAGACAGCGAUUUCCAGGAGCUGUUUUCUGAACUACUUGACACGAUGCAAGCGUUGGAGCUUGAUUUCAACCAUUUCUUCCGACGUUUGUCCAGUAUCUCUAUUAACGAGAUCGAGACUGAAGAGCAAAGGAAGGCGGUAUCGUCGAUAUUUUUUCAUGACGAAGGUGUCAAUGGUAUAGGAUGUACUACAGACUCUGCCAAAGAACGCAUGGCUCAAUGGCUUGGUAAAUGGAGGUUGCGCAUUCUGGAAGACUGGGAUCCUAAAGACGACAAGACAAGACAGGAUUCUAUGAAAGCAGUUAAUCCAAAGUUUCUUCCCCGUGGCUGGAUUCUCGACGAGGUAAUCGAGCGCGUGGAGAAAAAGGAUGACAGGGGUGUUCUAGAUCGUGUGAUGCAGAUGUCUCUAUAUCCAUUUAAUGAUCAAUGGGGUCUUAAUAAGGAGGAAGAGGAGCGUUUCUGCGGAGAUGUUCCACGAUUUAAACGGGCCAUGAUGUGCAGUUGCAGUUCGUGAGUCUGGAAGUAUCCCAAUAUCAUCUGAUGAUUCUCUUAUAAGAUGGAAUUUGUAUAAUUUGAUUCUUAUACAUUCUCAUAUCAUUGAAAUAUUGGUACUUUUUUUACUAUUCUUGGAUAAAAAUUU